CCUCAGUAGAGGGAAGCAGUUCGCUUCAAACUGAAAGCGGAGGUAGUGGCAGCGUGGUAGUACACCGCUCAGUGAGUGCGAGAUCUUGGGGAAGGACUUCACCAGAGGAGCCAAAAUCUUGAAUCUGUUGGAUAAGGACUCUGGCUGAGACUCCUACAGUGCUAACUCCCUCUGCCUGCCUUGCUGGUAGUCACACCCUCCUGUCUCUGACGACUGGCCUAAUUCGAGGUAGUUAAUCUAAGGGUUGUGACUGCCACUGGAAACACAGUAUCCAGGAAAUGGUCAAGUGGUUCCUCUUCCAACUGGUGUUUGCCUUGGUUCUGGGAACAGGACAAGCUGAUUCUACCUGCAAUCCUACAAAUGCGGGAUCAACUUGCCAGGAAUGCAUCAACUUAGGACCAGGUUGUGCCUGGUGUAAGGCACUGAAUUUCACCAAGGCUGGAGAACCAAAUUCUGCACGUUGUGAUUCUGUGAAGUCCCUUGAGAACAGAGGUUGCAAAAAAGCAGAGAUUAUCAACCCACAAAAUGACAUAGAAUUGCAAUUGAACAAAGAACUUGUAAAUUCUGGAACUAAUGUGAUACAGAUAAAACCACAGAAAGUUAAACUCUUUCUGCGACGAGACAGUCCACAGAAAAUCGAAGUGAAGUUUAAGCGUGCUGAAGGUUACCCUGUAGACCUAUACUACCUCAUGGACCUGUCCUACUCCAUGAAAGAUGAUCUGGAGAAUGUGAAGAACCUGGGAGGAAAACUUCUGCAAGCACUGAAGAGUAUCACAAAGUCGAGCAAAAUUGGAUUUGGUUCAUUUGUGGACAAGACAGUCCUACCAUUUGUUAACACGCAUCCAGAGAAAAUGAAAAAUCCAUGUCCUUCUAAAACUGAGGCAUGUCAGCGACCCUUUAAUUUUAGGCAUGUCCUGAAGUUAACAGAUAAUUCGAAUGUAUUCACUUCUGAAGUUGGGAAGCAGUCUAUUUCUGGAAACCUGGAUCCUCCCGAGGCUGGACUGGAUGCCAUGAUGCAGGCAGCAGUGUGUGUGGACGAGAUAGGAUGGCGCAAUGUUACACGUCUUCUUGUAUAUACUUCAGAUGAUGGAUUUCAUUUUGCUGGAGAUGGGAAACUUGGAGCAAUUCUGACCCCUAAUGAUGGCAAAUGUCAUCUUGAUAGUCAGGGCUUUUAUGCAGAUAACACUAAAUACGACUAUCCCUCUGUUGCUGAGUUAGCUUUGAAGUUGGCUGAAAAUAACAUUCAACCAAUUUUUGCAGUCACGAGAAAAAUAAUGCCGGUUUACCAGGAGCUGAGCAAAAUGAUUCCAAAGUCUGCAGUAGGUGAACUGAAGGAGGAUUCCAGUAAUGUGGUUCAGCUGAUCACAGCUGCCUAUAAUAAUCUGUCUUCGACGGUGAUAUUAGCACACAAAACCCUGCCAGAUGGAGUCCACAUCUCCUAUGUAUCACAUUGUAGUGAUGGAGAUACGAAGAGUGAAAAAGAGGGAACUUGUUCAAAUGUGAAGAUUAAUGAGGAGAUAAGUUUCACAAUUACAGUUACUGCAAAAAAAUGCCUGACUGAAAAACAGUCCUUUGAGAUUCGACCUUUGGGCUUCACUGAGAAGUUGGAAGUUUCACUGCAAAUGCGGUGUGACUGUAAAUGUGAUGACAAACCUGACUUGUCUGAUCAUUGCAGCAACAAGGGUCGAGUCAAGUGUGGUGUAUGCAGCUGCACAGAAGAUCGAAUUGGCAAGUUUUGUGAGUGUGACCCUGGUAAGCGUUCCACUCAAGAACUGGACGCAGCUUGCCGUAAGGACAACUCCUCAGCAACCUGCAGUAACCAGGGAGACUGUGUAUGUGGUACUUGCAUUUGCCAUACUAACCCCAAUAAGAAAAUAUAUGGCCAGUACUGUCAGUGUGAUGACCAGAACUGUGAGCGAAACCUGGGUAAAUUGUGUGCUGGUCAUGGUAAAUGUGAUUGUGGGAAAUGUCUCUGUGAUAAAGGCUUUGGAGGAACUGCCUGCGAGUGUGCAGAUGCUGAUGAUCAAUGCAAGCAGAGCAGAAACAGUAGUACCUGCAGUGGAAGAGGACAAUGCAUAUGUAAUGAGUGCAAAUGUUCUGCAGGUUAUCAGCCCCCAUAUUGCAAAGAAUGCCCUGGCUGUCCAUCUCCAUGUCCGACCUAUGUACAUUGCAUUGAGUGUCUUGGAUUUUCGAGUGGUCCAUUCAAGGAAAAUUGCUCUUUAGCAUGUAAAAACAUAAAACAUAAUUUAAAGGAAGAACUGGAUGACAAGAAUGCAUGUAAAGAGAAAGACUCCAAGAACUGCUGGAUGAAUUUUGUGAUGAUAGAGUUAGAUGGGGUUUCACAGUAUCAUGUACUUAUCAAGAAGAAAACAGAAUGUCCUCAGCCUCCAAAUGUUAUUGCUAUUGUUGCUGGUGGAGUGGCUGGUGUGCUUUUGAUUGGACUGGCGAUUCUCUUGAUCUGGAAGCUGGUGACUGAGCUCUACGACAGAAGAGAAUAUAAAAAGUUUGAAAAGGAGCGAGCAAAAUCAAAGUGGAAUGACGCUGACAAUCCAUUGUUUAAGAAGGCAACCACCACUGUUUUGAAUCCCAACUUCAAUGAAGACUGAAGAUUUGAAUGGAGCAAGAAAUGAUUUCAUGGGUUUUGCAUCAACAAAGUCCGUGUUUUAAGAGAACUAAUUUUCCUGCUUAUUUUAUGUAUUCUUUGCAAACUGUGAAGGUCAUUUGAUUAUAAUUCAUAACUCAGCAGAAGAAGCAAUGGAAGGGGUUUCAACCCUCAAACUUUUCCCGGAUUCUCCACUCUAAUUUUUCUCUCUCAAUUCCUGGCCUCCCUUAACUUCCUUUGGCUUUUCUUCAGGGUUGCAGUAUGGUGCUGAUGGUCCACAUGCCUGACAGGUGGCCAGUCUCUCAAUCUUGCCAGCUGUGGCCAAGAUAUGGAGAUGAAAAGUAAUUGUCAUUAAUUUCAGCAGAACGUUCAGAAAAUGUGUUCUUUCUUUGAUUGCUGAUUUCAAACUAAGAACAUUCCUGCAUUUUCCCUGCCACCAACUUAAUAGCCAAUCCAAUAAAUCUGAACAGUCGAUGAAAACUGUUCUUCUGAAGGUGCACUGUAUGAUGGUUGGUUCAUUAUUGCCAUUUUCAGCCUGUAGUAACAGGUUGAAGGGAGGAGGCUUAAUAUAAAAAAUUAGAGCAAAGUUCAAACAAUUAAAAUUACUAUUCAAUUUGAAACCCAGGCUAGCACUCGAUUUUUGAUUGAUAACUAUUAAUGUUUGUGCCAAUACCAUACAUGUAAGUAUUAAUUACCAGACAUUAAUUGUAAAUUGACAGCAUUUGUAUCAGUUGCUAAUGCCAAUGCGUAAGUACUCAGUUUCAAAGCAUCAAUAUCUGUCUCAAAUGCCAAUGCCAGCUUUCCAUUCCCCGUUUAGCUGCUUGUGACUGAUUCAAAUGUCUGAGUAAUUGCUUGAGAGCUUAUUUUUAACAUUGUCAUUGCAAUGUUGGAAACUGGAAAUUUUAUCAAAAUGUUAUUAUUUUCUCAUAGCUUGAUGGAUAUUUAUGAUAAAUUAUAAAUCAGUCAAAUUAAGAUGGUUGAAAAGUAACAGUCCUGAUAUACAUCAUUAAGUAGAUUCAUGAAAAAUAAGGGCUUCAAAGAUUUCUAUCUCUUCUCUGGUAGUUCCAUCUAUGGUCGUUUUCAUGAUCAAAAUAUCUCCCUAAUGAGUGAAUUAACAAGUCACCUUGGUUUUGUUAAUAUUAGUAGUGACAAUUAGAAUGACUAUUAUUUGUGUUCAAAUCAUAAAGUAUUCAGUCUGAUUUUUUUUUUUUGAAGAGUUUCAUCAACCACAGAAAUACAACUGUCUCAGUUCAUGUAUAUCAUCAAGUGCACCUUUACACAGGCGACAGCAAUUUUAUUUCAUUUCUUUUUACUUUUCUUUUAAGAUUAACAUUUGCAUGCAAACAGUUGCAGAUUAAGUACAGAAAGUGAUCAGCUGUCAGUGCCAUAAAACUGCUUCCAUUGGUGCGAUUCAGAAUAUGGUAUAAAACUUGCACUCAGAAAUGCAACUUGCAAUCCAAUGCAUAAGUGUCGAAGAGACAAUGCAACUCCUGGUUUCAAAACAACUGCUGUUCAACUUUCAGGAGUUCAGGAGCAAUUUAUCGGUUGCAAAUGUUUUAAGGGAUUCUCAGCUAAGUAGAUCCACUCAAGAUAAUCUGGAUCAAAGUUUUAAAUUAUGAAAUUGAGAUAUUAUAUGAGGCAAGUCCUCAGAAUUGUAUGAGUUGAUGUUGACAUGUAAUCAGUGCAGAAAUUGGAUACAUGAUGAGUAGAUGUAGUAAUUUAGCCUAUCCAUUGGGAAGUUUACAAUUGCACUUUUGUACAGAAGCAUGUGUGAGUAUCAGAUUAUAUAAAAUUUCUCCUGAUGACUGUUGUACAGAAUUCAUAGCAGAGAUAGCCCUGUUUAAACAUGUUAACCGAGGCAUGCUUCAUCUGCUUCCUUGAUUGAUGCAUAAACUGCGAGAAGAGGUUCAGAACAGAAAAGAAAAUCCCCAUUCAAUCAUCACUGACUACAUCCAUUGACUUCAUACUGGCACAGGCUUAAUCACACUUUUGACAGUAUGGUGUCUUAUUCAAUUCCAGUAUAUAUCUGACUCCUCUGACGGAAAAAUAUCCUGCUUCAGCCUCCAUAUCAUGGUUUUAGUUUGUUUGCUUGAUGGACAAUCAAAUACCUCUCUUCCCCUAUUGUCCUUAUCACUCUUCACACUUCAUAAAUUAAAAUUUAUCUAAAAUGUUGCUGCUGUUUUCUUUUCCCAAACAAAAUUAUGCAGCUCUUUUCCUCUAAUCCAAUCAACUCUCCCAGAGCACAAGGUUACCCAUGUGGGACAGAGAUAAGGAUAAAUAUUUUCUGAUACUGUAGAAUUUGUUACAGCAGAGGACUGUUGAGACUGGAUCAUUAAGUAUAUUCAAAGCUAAAGUACUUUAAU